AUGUGUAUGCAGGCAAACGGCCCGGCUGCGAAGCAAAGCAGCACUUCUGCCUUCCUGAUGCUCCCCCAGUUUCUCACACCUGGACAGAAGGCCGGAGAGUCGAUCACGUCGCCGGAAUUCGGUCCCGACCCGAUGACCCGCUGGCUCCGAGAGCUUCCACGCGCCGGGCCGUGGCACGGUCUUGCAGCACCGGCCUCCUCGGGGCAAAAUAAUCUGACCCCUCUCAGGCAGUGGCCUGCCGUGCUCAGUUGCACGGGCGCGACGACGGGAGGGGAAGAGAAGCGCACCGAGGUCCAUUGA